GGCGCAAUCGUUUAUAUUCGAUAAGUUUUGGCGAGUCGCCAUCUUGGAAUGUGCGAAGAAGAAGAAGCGAACAAAAAGCAAGCGAAAAAUCUUUAAGCGUAUUUAUUUAAAUGUAUAAAUUGCAUAAAUCUAUAUAUUUAAGACCAAGCACACAUAUUUAUUGCUCCACUCAUCAAUAUAAAAGAAACCCCAGCACAGCUGCCACGUUGCGUUUGCCCAAAAAGGCUUAGCCAAAAAAAAUCGAAAUCUCCGACGGCCCGAAGGUAUCACACACAUACAAACGCACGCACACUCACAUAUACACAGUCCACCACACAUUAGUGCAAGCAAAAAGAGGCAGAAGAAGCAAAGGCAGGCAGAGAGUGUUUUUCCAUACAUUUCGGUGAAGCUACUGGGAUCUAAGACGCCGUUGCCGACUUCUGGUCAGGCACAAACAGCACACAGCAGCAGUGAUUGUGUUGCGGGCAGGUGAUAUAACUAAACAAUCGCGACAGCUUGCAGCGGACUAUGUCUGACUAUUUGCGCCAGCAGAAACCACUAGAGCACACAUAGCCAUGGCUGCGACGAGAAAAUUGCAAGGCGAAAUUGAUCGAUGUUUAAAAAAGGUAGGCGAGGGCGUGGAAACGUUUGAGGAUAUAUGGAAAAAGGUACACAAUGCUACAAAUACCAACCAGAAGCAAAAGCAUCUCCAGGAAAAGUAUGAGGCAGACCUUAAAAAGGAAAUUAAGAAGCUUCAGCGAUUACGAGAUCAAAUCAAAUCAUGGAUCGCAUCCGCCGAGAUUAAAGAUAAAAGUGCGCUGCUCGAGAAUCGAAGGCUCAUUGAAACGCAAAUGGAACGCUUCAAGGUGGUGGAGCGGGAGACAAAAACAAAAGCGUAUUCCAAGGAAGGCUUGGGCGCCGCACAAAAAAUGGAUCCAGCGCAACGGAUCAAGGAUCAUGCGCGCAAUUGGCUAACCGGUUCAAUUAGUACAUUGCAAAUUCAAAUCGAUCAGUAUGAGAGCGAAAUUGAAUCGCUGUUAGCGGGUAAAAAGAAACGUCUGGAUCGCGACAAACAAGAGCGCAUGGAUGAUUUACGGAGUAAGCUGGAUCGUCAUAAAUUCCAUAUAACUAAACUGGAAACGUUGCUGCGACUUCUGGACAACGAUGGUGUCGAAGCGGAUCAAGUGAACAAAAUCAAAGAUGAUGUCGAAUACUAUAUCGAUUCAUCGCAGGAGCCAGAUUUUGAAGAGAACGAGUUCAUCUAUGAUGAUAUUAUCGGUCUGGAUGAAGUCGAGCUUAGCGGCACGGCCACAACAGAUAGCAACAAUAGCAACGAAACUAGCGGCUCGCCCAGCAGCGUUACAUCCGGCGGCAGUCCAUCGCAAUCGCCAGUUACUGUGCAGCAGGUGUUGCCAUCCUCCUCCACACAGCAGCAGACAGCGACGGCGGGCAGCAGCAGCGCUGGCAGUGGUACUAGCGCCGCCAGUGCAGCCCAAUUCCAGCAUUUGCAGGCAGCGGCAGCAGCUGCGGCGGCAGCAGCAUCCGCCGCACAGCAAUCGAAUGGUAACAAUGUGGGCUAUGCGAGCGACACCAGCGCAGCUUCAUCCUCAGCGACAACGUCCACCGAGGCGACAACAGGUGGCGAGAAGCGCAACAAAAGUAGCGAAAGCAAUGCGAAUAGCAGCAAAGCCAAGCAGCAACCUCAGCAGCCGAUCAAGCCGACGCCAGUGCGUGCCACAGUUAAAGCGCCCGCGGGUAGUGAUACUCAAGUCAAUAAGAUUAUUAGCUCAACGCCCAGCAAAAACCAGCAGCAACUACCCACGGUCGCUUCCGUUUUGGCGUCUAGCGGGACACAGAACAACAACAACAAUAAUAAUAACAGCAGCAGUAGCAGCAGCAACAUUGUCGCUGCCAGUGGUCACAAUCCUGCCGUGCAGCCACAUGCCCCAACGCCUGGUCUGAGUGCAGCCAACAUAGCUGUUUCCGCUGGCCCAGCAGCAGCAACAGCAGCGGCAGCAGCUGCAGCCGUGGUUGCAGCAUCAGCGAGCAACAGCAGCAAUAACAUUCAAGGCCAAUCUGUGAUUCAAGCGACACCAACAAUUGCAUUUGCAGCGGUGGCUAAACACAACACAUCACUACUGGAAAACGGACCUGUCUCGCAACAGCAGGCAACGGCGCCCACGGUGGCGGCCAUUGUAAGCGCCAAUGCACAGGCCCAGCAACAACAACAACAGCAGCAACAACAACAGGCGGCGCAAUUAUCCAAUCUUCAAACGAAUUCCUCACACAUGCAAAACGGCCUGCCCGUCUCACUCAGUAGUAGCAGCAGCGGCAGCAGCAACAGCAGCAGCAAUAACAACAGUAAUGCUGUCGAUGCGAUUUCAUUGAAAACCAUGGCACAGGAAGCCAUUAAUCGAUCUGUGAUCGAGCCCAAUUCCCUAAAUCAGCAGCAAGCAAGUAAUAUAGAUACGAGACAGCAGCAACAACAAGUGGCGCAGCAGCAAGCAGCGCUGCAAACACUGCUACAACAGCAUUUCAGCACCGAAACAACUGCCAACCAACAGCAACAACAACAGCAGCAACAACAACAGCAGCAGCACGCAACAACAGCAGCAACAAAAUGCAGCAGCGGCAGCAGCAGCACUGGCAGUGGACUCAUGAAUCUGGCGAAUGCUGCUGGUCAGCCCACAGCCGUCAGCGGUGGUGUUCAACAACAACAGCAGCAGCAGCAGCAAAUGGCCACAACAGAGGCGCACAUACCACCGCUGUUAGGGGUCACGCCGCUGGGUCCAACGCCACUUCAAAAGGAGCAUCAGUUGCAGUUCCAAAUGAUGGAAGCCGCAUAUCAUCACCUGCCACAGCCCAUUGAUACUGAGAAGCUGCAAACAUAUUUUCAUCGCUCACCGGUGCAAACACCAGCGCACUAUCCACAGGCCCAGCUGCCUAUUUACGAUACCGUUGAAUUCUAUCAACGGCUCUCGACGGAGACGCUCUUCUUUGUAUUCUACUAUAUGGAGGGCUCUAAGGCGCAAUAUCUCGCAGCAAAGGCGCUCAAAAAGCAAAGCUGGCGCUUCCACACCAAAUACAUGAUGUGGUUUCAACGGCACGAGGAGCCUAAGAUUAUCAACGAUGAUUACGAGCAGGGUACGUACAUCUACUUCGAUUAUGAGAAAUGGAGUCAGCGCAAAAAGGAGGGCUUCACCUUUGAAUACAAGUACUUAGAAGACAAGGAGCUGAAUUGAAUUGCUGCGUUGUUGUGAUGCGGAUGCGUCGGCUGUCUACGAGGAAAUCAAUCCAUAACUACAAUAAUGAAUCAAUAGCAUACAAUAAUCAUACCGUACCACAUCAGAAAAAUACACUCUCACUCUCACUCAAACUCAUCGAAUAGAAUCAGAACACACACACACUUACACACACGCCCACACAUACACACACACUCAACAAUAAAUCCAUAAACUAAUGAAGAGAUCAUGUGUAAGAGAAGCGAUACAGCAAGCAAGCCGUAAGCAUAAGUGAAAAGGAAGAGAGAAACGGAAAACAAAAGAAAAGAAAACAAAAAACAAUGAAGUAUGUUACUGAUACUUGUUCGGAAAAC